CUCGCUGCUUUCCGCCUUUCUACAUCAUGGCGGUUGCGGGAGCUUAAACUAGAACCAAGACUAGCUUUUUGUUCCACUCGGUGACUUUUUUUUAAUUUCACCCUCCCUUCCUCGAUAAAGAAAAGAGGAAAAAACGCGACUUUCAAAAUGAAUAUGAUGCAGACGACGAGGCGCGUUAUGAGCUGCCUGAUGUUUCCCCAAAAUGGAAUCGUAGACGGCUCGGUUCACUGCGGCUCUCCCCCGGUCCCAGUCGCCUCCGUCUCGUCGCCGCAGCUCCAGAGGGCCGCGGCGACCUUGGACUCCGUCAACGGCAAUAGCGGGACCGCCAAGCAGCGACCCGGGGCGCUGGAAAUUCCCUCCAAGGGUGGAUUCGCCACCAUUAACCAUUGCAACAGCAACGACGACGACGUGGAGGUCGGCGAUGGCUCGCCGCCGGGUACGCCCGACCCCCAGGACGAGCACGCUGGCGGCGACGACGUCUUGGACGUCGAGACCAGGAGCCUCAUUAGCCACUUCCUAACUGACUUUACCGGCCUGUCGACGGCUCGCUGGAACGAAAGCAAGGCACAUUCGACCAUGAAAAGAGUCGUGGCGAGUUUGUUGGAAAAGUAUAGAUAUAAGUACAAUGGUAUUAUCAACAAAUUGUCCCUGGACGACCGAGGGGACAACAUGGGCUUCAUCAGCGAAGUGGCCAAGAGCCUGUUCUCAGACGGGACCACCAACUGGGGCCGUGUGGCCAGCCUGGUGGCCUUCGGGGCUGUAGUGUCCCAGUACCUGAAGGAAAAGGGCCGAGCCCACUGUGUGGAGCCAGUGGCCCAGGAGAUCUCUUCGUAUCUGCUGUUGCACCAGCGUAACUGGCUGGUGAAAAACAACUCUUGGGAUGGCUUUGUAGAAUUCUUUCGGGAAGUGGACCCUGAGUCUACAAUGAGGAACACGCUAAUGGCCUUUGCUGGAGUGGCUGGCAUCGGUGCCACACUGGCCCUGUUGAUCAGAACAAUCCAGCUUUGUGAGCGGAGUGCGGAGCAUUUGCAUCAGUCUCGCUCGCCGCUUCCGCUCGAGUUGAAUCAGCGCCAGGAGUUGAAGAACUGCAGAACUUCGGGAAGUACUGCGGCCUGGAGGUUUUGAGUCACAUAAGAAUCCUUCCGAGGACUGAGUUUGAAUUGCGUUACAAAAACAAGGCGCGAAGACAGUGAGUCUUCAGCAAGGGCGAGCACUCUGCGCUGGUACGGGUCCAGCUGUAAGCUACCACGGCAAUGUGUUGAUGGUAAAAUGGGUUCAUUAGUUAAUAAUAAAAAAGAAAAUAACCUGAAA